UAUGUGCUGUCCUUGAGUGGCUGUGACUUUAAAUACAUUAUGAAAAGACAUCUGAAUACAUUCGGAAUCCAGUGAUUGUUGUAUUAAUGUAAACUUUGAAUCUAAAUAGGAAAUAUCUUCUAAUGUUGCUUAAUUGAGGUUUGUUUUAGCCUUAGAAUGCACUUUUCAUAAGACCACGCCAUCGGGUUCAGUUCAUCCAAUGCUGCAAUGUCCUAAUGUCAUACGUCAGUAGGUUCAGCACGGCAUGCUGCCUUGCACCUCUGCUCCGAGCUCACGCUGGGGGCAGAACCAGCACUAAUUAAUUGAAGGAGGGAACCUGUUGAGGCUUCCCUCCCCAUCUUUGCCAUUCAUCACACUUCAUUUGAUGCUGCAAGUUGCCGCUCAGGACUCAAGUGCACCUCUCAGCAAAGGAGCAUCUCGCGGUGAGUGAUGUUUGCGAUGAAUUUUCAUUCUAAGGAGAAAUCUCGAGAUUUUAUAUAUGAGAUAGGGUUAUUUUAAAUGUCUUUAAGAAAAGCUGCACCUGUGUAUUAGUGUGCUGGUUGAACAUUUGCUGAAGUAUGUCUAAGUUAUUUGAUUUUCUUUUUUUUGUAUUUUGCCCUCACUGACUACAAAUAAAUAUAAAACAAUGUCAUUGUUAGACCAAUGGGGAGGGAAAAGAUCAUUAAUAUUAUUUUAGUCUGAACCACAUAAAUAAUACAUCUAUGUAUUUAAUAUGCAUAUAUGUAUUUAAGAUACAUAUAUAAUUGAAAAACAACAGCUCUGUUUUGUACAGCGUAAAUAUGUUGAGCUUUAUUUACAGUCUCAUCUCGCGCCCAUCAGGGGAGCAGCACUGCCCUCCCUUGUCCUCCUCCUCUGAGACCCUCGCUGUGACACGUGCAGCUGAGACUCAGGGCAAAGAAUUAAUGAGCAAAUUGAAACAGACUCAAUACUCACGGCCCAGUUACCUUCAAUUAUCAGUCGCUGAAACACACGCACGCACACACACACACACACACACAGUUUUUGUGGUUUUCACUGUAUAAAAUUACCACUAGAUUUUUCAUGCCUGUUUACUGCAGGCAAAUUAGCGGCAGCAUGUCCAACAACAUGGCCAAGAUUGCGGAUGCAAGAAAGACGGUUGAGCAAUUGAAGCUGGAGGUCAACAUCGAGAGGAUGAUGGUAUCCAAAGCAGCAGCUGAUCUAAUGGCCUAUUGUGAAACUCAUGCCAAAGAUGACCCUUUGGUGACCCCAGUACCUUCCUCAGAGAACCCCUUUAGAGAGAAGAAAAUAUUCUGUGAAAUACUGUAAGACCAUUGUGGACAUUGAUAUUUUUAACCUUUGUUUUAAUAUGAAUUUCUUUAUUUUUACAACUGCCUUGUUGUGCUAUAUGGCACGCAGAGGAAUGAAUGUCCAUGUUUGAAACUG